AUGGAUUCCAACAUGGAUAUUGAUACAGCUCCAUUCACAUUCGCCGUUCCGCAGCCUCCACCCGAGGCCAUGUCAGAUCCAAUAAUCUCAAGCAUUCCCUCACCACCGCACAUAUCCCAUCCCACUGAGACUCGCGAGCAAUUCAAAGCUAUCCCAGUAAAAGUACACAUACGACGCCCAGAGAGAGACUCGUGGGUGUAUGCAGGACGUGGCGUUGUUACGCUUGAGGUAUCGGGCCAUUCUUCGCAAGUUGUCGUGCGCUCAACCUCAACUAACAAGAUCUUGACGCUUUUCAAUGAGACCAGUGAUCUCCAAGCCGAGAAACGUGGUAACUUCGUUGUGAUAGGAUGUGUGGAGGGCUCUAAGGUGGUCUCAUGGUCAUUAAACGCAUUGAAUAAUGCUGAAACGCUACGUCUUCUUGCGAGUAUCGAGCUUGCAUGCUAUAAAUGCCAACAAGCUCUUGGUGACCCUCGUACGCAUUACAAGUCGCGUCGGCGGAUCGACAGGGUCAUCAAGGACGACAGACGCAAGAGACACAAGCGGCGUAAGGACCAGGAUGCGAUGGUCGAUGCUUUCUCAAGGCAAGCGUUGUCUGAGUCCGCAGAACCAGUGCCAUCUCGAUGA